AUGUGCGGGUGGCAGUACGGUGCAGGAGUGCCUGUGGCGGCAGUACAGAGUACGGGUGCGGGCGACUGUACAGAGCUGAAGUGCAUGUGGCAGUACAGAGUAUAUGUGCGGGUGGCAGUACGGUGCAGGAGUGCGUGUGGCAGUACAGAGUAUAUGUGCGGGUGGCAGUACGGUGCAGGAGUGCCUGUGGCGGCAGUACAGAGUACGGGUGAGGGUGACUGUACAGAGCUGAAGUGCGUGUGGCAGUACAGAUUAUAUGUGCGGGUGGCAGUACGGUGCAGGAGUGCCUGUGGCAGUACAGAGUAUAUGUGCGGGUGGCAGUACGGUGCAGGAGUGCGUGUGGCAGUACAGAGUACGGUUGCGGGUGACUGUACAGAGCUGAAGUGCAUGUGGCAGUACAAAGUAUAUGUGCGGGUGGCAGUACGGUGCAGGAGUGCCUGUGGCAGUACAGAGUAUAGAUGUGGGGGGGCAGUACGGUGCAGGAGUGCGUGUGGCAGUACAGAGUAUAUGUGCGUGGGGCAGUACAGUGCAGGAGUGCGUGUGGCAGUACAGAGUAUAGGUGCGGGGGGCAGUACGGUGCAUGAGUGCGUUUGGCAGUACAGAGUAUAUGUGCGGGUGGCAGUACGGUGCAGGAGUACGUGUGGCAGUACAGAGUAUAUGUGCGGGUGGCAGUACGGUGCAGGAGUGCCUGUGGCGGCAGUACAGAGUACGGGUGCGGGCGACUGUACAGAGCUGAAGUGCAUGUGGCAGUACAGAGUACAUGUGCGGGUGGCAGUACGGUGCAGAAAUGCGUGUGGCAGUACAGAGUAUAUGUGCGGGUGGCAGUACGGUGCAGGAGUACGUGUGGCAGUACAGAGUAUAUGUGCGGGUGGCAGUACGGUGCAGGAGUGCCUGUGGCAGACAGGCACGUACAGAGCAUCUGUGGCAGUACAGAGUACAUGUGCGGGUGGCAGUACGGUGCAGAAAUGCCUGUGGCAGUACAGAGUAUAUGUGCGGGUGGCAGUACGGUGCAGGAGUGCCUGUGGCAGUACAGAGUAUAUGUGCGGGUGGCAGUACGGUGCAGGAGUGCCUGUGGGGCAGUACAGAGUACGGGUGAGGGUGCUGUACAGAGCUGAAGUGCGUGUGGCAGUACAGAUUAUAUGUGCGGGUGGCAGUACGGUGCAGGAGUGCCUGUGGCAGUACAGAGUACAUGUGCGGGUGGCAGUACGGUGCAGGAGUGCCUGUGGCAGUACAGAGUAUAUGUGCGGGUGGCAGUACGGUGCAGGAGUGCCUGUGGCGGCAGUACAGAGUACGGGUGAGGGUGACUGUACAGAGCUGAAGUGCGUGUGGCAGUACAGAUUAUAUGUGCGGUUGGCAGUACGGUGCAGGAGUGCGUGUGGCAGUACAGAGUAUAUGUGCGGGUGGCAGUACGGUGCAGAAAUGCGUGUGGCAGUACAGAGUAUAUGUGCGGGUGGCAGUACGGUGCAGGAGUGCGUGUGGCAGUACAGAGUAUAUGUGCGGGUGGCAGUACGGUGCAGGAGUGCCUGUAGCAGUACAGAGUAUAUGUGCGGGUGGCAGUACGGUGCAGGAGUGCGUGUGGCAGUACAGAGUAUAUGUGCGGGUGGCAGUACGGUGCAGGAGUGCCUGUGGCGGCAGUACAGAGUACGGGUGAGGGUGACUGUACAGGGCUGA